CUCCUGCGAAAAUCGGAACUGAAAGGGAUAAAAAUGCCUGGAAACGCCGAGAAGUUAAUAACCAAGCUGUUCGCAGACGAUACGACGGUUUACCUAGAUGCGCAAGACGAAUACAGCAUGUUAACAGACAUCCUGACGAAGUGGUGCGCCGCGUCGAGAGCGAAAUUCAACAAAGACAAGACCGAAGUCAUACCGAUAGGCCCGGCAGAAUACCGGGACCGAGUAGUAAGAACCCGCAAGUUAAAUGAAGAGGCACCAGAGCUGCCGACGGACGUACGCAUCACGCCAGACGGCCAAGCGGUAAGGUUGCUAGGAGCCUGGGUAGGUAACGAUGUCGAUGAGGAAAUGGCCUGGCAGCCGAUUGUAGAAACAAUACGAAGAAACCUGCAAAGAUGGAAGCUAAGACGCCCGACGUUAUACGGAAAAAAGCUGAUAAUAGGGAUGGAAAUAGGCGGACGUACGCAAUUCCUGACUGCGGCACAAGGCAUGCCGCCGAGAAUAACCGAAAGACUCAGCGCCAUGAUAACAGACUUCCUCUGGGAUGGAGCCACGAUCCCGCCGAUCAAGAGAGAGAUGCUGUAUAUGCCGAUACAAAAAGGAGGCCUGGGGCUGCUGAACUUGAAAGUGAGAAACGAAGCGAUCGACCUAAUGAUGGUGAAAUUGUACCUGGAUCUCUCCCCAACAAGGCCG